GGGGAAAGACUCCAAAGAGGGCGCUUGGGUUUCCCUCAGGAGGAGGAGGAGGAGGGAGGAAAUGGCCGCCUUCGUGGAGCUCAGCACUAAGGCCAGGAUGCCCCUCUUGGGGCUGGGGACUUGGCAGGCACCUCUUGGAAAAGUUGGAGAUGCGGUCAAAUAUGCCAUUGACCUUGGGUACCGCCACUUCGACUGUGCCCAUUAUUACAGGAAUGAGGAGGAAAUUGGAGAUGCCUUGCAGCAGAAGAUCAAAGGAGGAGCUGUGAAACGGGAAGAACUCUUCAUUGUUAGUAAGCUCUGGUGUACUUUCCAUGAGAAGCCACUUGUAAAAAAGUCAUGCCAGGAUUCUCUAGCAGACCUGAAACUGGACUACUUGGACCUCUACCUCAUGCACUUUCCCAUGGGAUUCAAGGCUGGAGAAGAUUUAUCUCCCCGGGAUGAGAAGGACAUGGUCAUUCCAAGCAACACAGAUUUUCUAGGCACUUGGGAGGCAAUGGAAGAACUGGUAGACUGUGGGCUAGUGAAAGCCAUUGGCAUCUCCAACUUCAACCAUGACCAGAUCGAGAGGCUCUUGAACAAGCCUGGCUUAAAACACAAACCAGUGAAUAAUCAGAUUGAGUGCCACCCAUAUCUUACCCAGGAGAAACUAAUCCACUAUUGCCAGUCCAAAGGGAUCUCCGUAACUGCUUUCCGCCCUUUCGGUGCUCAUUCUCUCAAGCCAGGUGACCCUAUCCUUUUGGAGGAUUCAAAAAUUAAAGAGAUUGCUGCAAGACAUCAAAAGACUGUAGCUCAGGUACUGAUCAGGUUUCACAUCCAGAGAAAUGUGGCUGUCAUUCCCAAGUCUGAAAAACCACAUCGCUUGGAGGAGAAUUUCAAGAUCUUUGAUUUUGAGUUGACAAAAGAAGAAAUGGAAAACCUUCUCAGCUUGAACAAAAACUGGAGAGACUGUGUGAUGGCUCACUGUGUCAAUCAUAAAGACUACCCUUUCAAAGCCGACUACUAGUGUGGGUACUACGCCAGAAUCUCUGAUACAAGAAUAGACUGUGGGACGCCAGCGUUGUGACUAUGUUGCUUAAGUCUUUUUUUUCUGAUUCCAAAGAAGGAAAAUACAUACAGGAGUAAUGUAAUGGAAAGGGAUCUGCUGAGGCAACACAAAUGCUUAUAACAUUGAAAAGUGUUUCUUUCUUCCCCAAAAAACCAUAGUGCCAUCAUGAUUGCCCAAGUCUUUAUAGUAGACUAUGCAGCCUGUGUUGGGUUGUUAGCAUUGAUGUGUAUGUGCUUCAGCACCCCAGAAGUAAGCACUGAUUGGCUAGCAGCUCCUGGGCUGAGACCCUCCCCAAGAUUCCCCACUCAAAAUUUCGGCUUUUCCCCAAAUUUCUAAAAUAUUUGUUGCUACACUUUUAGAUUUAUAUGUGUUUAAGAUUUAGUUCCUCCCUGGGUGGUUUCAGACCUAGAAUUUUCCUGCAACAGAUUGCUGACAAGCAACUAUAGGAACUUGUAAAGUCUAGACUCCUUGCACCAUAUCAUUCCUUAUUCUCAUUGCUUAUUGUUUCCCCUCUUAUACUAACUUUGCACAUGCUGGGAGUAUUUCAUGCCGUGGGAUUUCAGGCCUUUAUGCUUCAUACAGGACUUUGGGAAGAGAAGGAAGACCACAUAAACCAUCAAGAGGCUGUAGCAAGGAAGAGGUUGCAGACUUGGACCUCUGCUUUGCCAGUGAAACUCCUGACUUUUUGCAGGACCCAGGCUCUGACUCAGCAGGUCCUGCCAUCUAGCUAGCCUGGCUACUUUGCCAGACUAGACUAUAAAAUCAGGACUCUGGUGAGAGUAGAUCCACCACUGGUGAGAGGUUGCAGCUGCAGAGGAUGCGUGGAGGGCACUUUGGGGAACCAGGAGGGCAAAGGCCUGUUCAACCUGCACUUUUUCUUUUUUUGGCUUCCCUUGAGGGAAGAGAGCAGUGUUCAUAGGACUAAUAACAUGUAUAAUGUGUGACUCAGUUUGUACCUUAUGUUUUGUUCUUUAAAAAUAAUAAUUAAAAAAAAGACCUAUUGAUCCA